AUGAUGAUCAUUUUUGAAAAUGGACCAGCAAAUCGUCUACGUUACCGGUGACGGGGAAUUCGAAAUAAGUCAUUUAAAUGAAGAGAACGAGGAAUCUAAGCUUGCGCAAGAUGAGAGUGAAGAACGUGAAAUGCAGCAGAUAGAAGUUCACGUCGAACAACCGGAAGAGGCACCCGAAACGAAAGAAGAACAGGAGGAAGAAGAUGAUCUACGAUUAGAGUGCGAAGAAGAGAGCCUCGAAGCUUCACCAUGUAAAUUGGUCGAUCGAGCGCGCCUCGUGAACUACCCUCUACCGGAUCCGCGUCAGAAGCGGCGGAUGGACAGCGAGUCGAAGCAUCUUUUAGCAGAAUUGCUAAAUCUCCCCCUGCCGAGUGUCCUCGAAAAGUUGCGACAACUAGAGAACCUAGCCCACAUAUUGAGUCAACAAGAGCUCACGGAACUUACUAGAGCUGAAGUUCUAAACAUUCUGUAAUGUCAUGCUUAUUUAUCCUCCCAAACUCUU